AUGGAUAGAAUCCUCGAUCGUAUGAAGAAAUCUUCGAAUCGACGGUCGAUUCGCCGUCUAGAACGAACCUGUGACGCAGGGUCUUCUUCUAGUUCGUUCGCUGAAGAUCUUUCAGUCUCCUCGACUUCUUCUCUUGUGACGCGCUCUCUUGAGUUACCUGAUCGCACUAGUUCUCGUAUCUUCGGAGGAGGCGAUGGCGAAUUGGAUGGGAUUUGUCGGUCCCUUGGGGUUUCUGGUCCCGACGAUUUGGCGAUUUCUUUUGACGCGUGGGAGGCUAGCAAGAUCAAUUCCUUCUCUGAUACUACUAUUAAUAGGUUUCAGCCCGGUGUUUUGAGUGACGUAAGCUCUAGUGUUGUUGACACUAAUGCAAUUUGUAGUGGUGACGUGGCCGAUGCGAGUGAAAACGCUAGUGAGAAAGAACAUGGAGAGAAGAAUCUUAAUCCUAAUUACCAGGAAGACGAUAGGGAGGAUCUCUUUGAGAAAUGUUUGACAACCGUUGAUGUGUGUAACGUAGACCGCUUAGUCGUUACUGUCAACGAGGACGACGCUGGUAAAUAUUUUCUUUUAGCCACUGUUACUGAAGGCAUAGAUAGCCUACUUAGAUUAGAGGAUGAGGAAGGGAAGACAUGGCUGUUCGGGUUCUCAUACGUUAACGUCAGGGGAUGCUAUGAAUUUACUAAAGGCUGGAGCAGCUACGUUGAGGAGAAGCAGCUUAAGGCUGGAGAUUUUGUUUUCUUUCAAAGGGACCGCAAGGACAGUAGCAAGCUCUUCAUUGGCUGUAGAAAGAGUGACGAGUCUUUUCCAAGUGAACUUCUGAAGGCAACAUCACCGGGUAUAUCCAACAAGAUGCUUGAAGUGAGAGAGAAACUCAAGGAAGUUAAGACUCCUUUUCAGCCAAAAUUGUCUGAGCAUAGCAUUACGGGGUCUGACCCUGUAUUAGUUAUUUAUUGUGGUGACAACCAGGACUCCGAGGAGAUAUACUUCAUCAGCUACAUCUUCAACGAGUUGUGUCUCCGUGGCUUUGCCCCUUUGAGAUAUGAUAUAAAAAUGAGCACUCUGACUGAUAAUCAGAAAUUGCUACACAUAUCACGGGCUGGUGUUGUCAUUUUCUCGAUGAACUUUGCUCAUUCCAGAGAGUGUCUGGAUGGAUUUGUGGCAAUCAUGGACCAUUUGAAAGCAAAUGACCUUGUCUUUAUUCCUGUGUUUUUUAAAGUAAGUGUUUCAGCCGUCAGGGGACAAAGUGGCUCUUUUGGAAAAGCAUUCACACGACUUGGGAAUUCAGUCCAUGCUUACCAAGUUCUGAAAUGGAGGGAGGCUAUGAUCGAGUUAACUUCCAUCAAUGGAUAUCAGUAUAUAAAGGGUGAUGAGGUUAAGCUGGCCAAGAAUAUUGUCAGAGAUGUCUGUUUGCCACUUAGUUCCGAAACCAACAUGAAGCUAAGAGGAACGAGGCUUUCAUUAAAAAGUAUAUUGUCUCUGCUGAAUCUUUCUCAACCCUCAGCCCCACAGAUUGUUGGACUUUGGGGUAUGGCUGGCAUAGGGAAAACUACCAUCACGAGAGAGUUUUUCAGAUCACAAGCUGAGCGAUAUGACGUGUGCUACUUUCUGCCUGACUUUCAUCUAAUGUGUCAAACAAAAGGGCUGAGUUAUUUGCGUGAUGAAUUCUUCUCGAAAAUAUUUGGGGCAGAAAAAGUUUUCAUAGACGCAUGUGAUGCAAAACUAAGAUUCACAAGGGAUAGGUUCCUCGGUAAAAAGGUUCUGAUUGUUCUUGAUGGUGUGAGUAGUACCAAAGAUGCAGAAGUUUUGGUUGGAGGGUUUGGCUGGUUUUCUGGUGGACAUACAAUCAUUUUAACAUCGAGGAAUAGGCAAGUUCUUGGAACAGAAGCAAUUGAGGGAAUAUUUCUGGAUGCGUCUAGCUUGACAUUUGAUAUAAGUUCUACUGCAUUUGAGAGGAUGUAUAGACUUAGACUUCUCAAGCUCCACUGUCCAACUUCUGAAAAUCAUUGCAAGGUUUGUCUACCUGAAGGCCUCCACUCUUUGCCUGAUGAGCUACGCCUACUCCACUGGGAGAGAUAUCCUCUUGGAUCGUUACCUCGGAACUUCAAUCCUAAAAAUCUUGUAGAACUGAACAUGCCAUAUAGCAACUUGACAAAAGUAUGGAAAAGAACAAAGAAUCUUGAGAAGCUGAAGAGGAUCAUUCUGAGUCACUCUCAACAGUUGACUAAAUUCCCAAAGCUUUCAAAGGCCAUGAACCUUGAGCAUAUUGAUCUGGAAGGAUGUACGAGUCUGGUCAAGGUUAACUCAUCUAUUCUCCAUCAUCACAAGCUUACUUUGUUGAGUCUGAAAAAUUGUUCUCGUUUGCGAGUUAUGCCUACCACGGUUCAUCUAAAAUCUCUUGAGGUUCUUAAUCUAUCUGGCUGCUCAGAGCUCGAGAACCUUCAGGAUUUCUCAUCAAACCUGAAAGAACUAUAUCUAGCUGGGACUGCUAUUAGAGAAAUUCCGUCGUCGGUCGGGGAUCUCACUAGACUUGUUACAUUAGAUCUGGAGAAUUGUGAACGUCUUCAGCACCUGCCACCGGGGAUAAGUAACUUGAAAGCCAUGAUGACACUUAAGCUGUCAGGCUGUUCAAAUCUGAAGAGCCUUCCAGUUCUUGAUGCAUUAUUUCUACAAGAUUCACAACGUCCUAACACAAGGAUAAACAUGGAAGAAUCUGUGUCCAUAAACCUUCACUGUGCUACUCAAGAAUCAAGCAGAGAAGCUGUAGAAGACUUCUUACCAGCAUUUGAAUAUCAAUCAAACAACGAAAUACCACAAGAAAGCUUGAUACGGGUCACUGUUAUUCCGUUCCCCUCAUCCAUUUUACACUCAUUGGCGUCAAGACUAUAUGCGCUAGGAUCGUUGUUCCUUUGUAAUGCGUACCUGGUGGAUAUACCUGAAGAUAUAUGCUGGCUUGCUUCCGUGAUGAGACUAGAUCUAGGUGGAAACUCUUUCAGCCAGAUUCCUAAAAGCAUCAAGGAGUUUCGUAAACUACAUAGCCUUAGAUUGCGCCAUUGCAAAAACCUCAAAUCAUUACCUGAGCUUCCUAGAAGUCUAGUAAUCUUGAACGCCCAUGGUUGUGUGUCUCUCAAAUCAUUUCCAUCAAGUUUCGAGCAGUUCCCAAGGCACUACACGUUCAGUAAUUGCUUUAAUCUGUCCCCAAAAGUGGUAAAAAAAUAUAUAGGAAAAGCUCUUGAUAGUGUUGAAAGCAUGGCCAAGGGGCUUCUGCAGGCUUCACCGGAACAGGAACACAUCAACGCUCCUGCAUUCAGCAUCUGUAUACCUGCCUCUGCAGGCCACCAAUCCUCGGUUAAUCUUCAAGCUGGUUCUUCUGUAAGGAUACAGCUACCUCCUGGCAUGUUAAAGACACUCUCAGGCUUUGCUUUAUCAGUAGUGGUUGAAUUUUGGGAAAAUUAUAGCAACACUACUGGUUUCGCCAUAAAGUGUUUAUGCAGGAAGAGCGGCAACCUCUCCCCUAGAUUAGAGAGGAUUUUCCAUUGUUGGGCUCCAAAGGAACCCACCACCGUUCAAAGGGAUCAUAUGUUUGUUUUUGGGAGUGUGAAAAUGCAUAAUGCUGAAGCCAUUAACCAUGAUUUCCUGUCUGAUUCAGUUACUUUUGAAUUCCAUCCUGUCAAUUGUGAGAACCAGCUUCUAAGUGAUAGCUGCUCAGUGAAGAGAUGUGGAGUCUAUUUAAUCACAGAUGCGACAUGUGAUACAGCUCUUAGCGCAAAACGUCCUUCUUCUUCCAUGGAUCCAGAGGGGAUUUCUAGCAUGGACCAUGUGGCACCACCGUAUAAGAGAUGUCGAUUGAAAGGUGUUAUUGAAAUUGUUAUUCUAAGCUUAAGAAAAAGGAAGCGAGAAAUGAGCGUCCCUACAGUCAAAAAAAUUUCCAAGGUAAAACGUCUGUGCAGAUCGUAUGUUCGCACUGGAAACUGUGCAGUGGGUACUAGUUGCUCUUUUGAUCAUCCGCCAUGGGUGUUAACACACGAGACCGCAUCUUCCAUCCCUUCCGAGAUUUUGGAUAUGCAAGGACUUCUUCAUAUGGUAAGCCAUCAGAUAAGCGCGUGGAAACAUCAACUGAGAAACCCAAGAGACUCUCUAUGUCUGAGGCAAGACAAGCAACCUCAGGUUCAUCUUGGUUAG